AUGCGUCUCCGCCUCUCAUCGUCAAAGAAGCAAGAGAGUGUCCAGGAAAAUCCGGGCCUCCAAGCUGAGAAAUCUAGCCAAAUGUCUUCCGCCAGCUCCAAGGAUGGCAAAGCAGGCCUAUUUUCCCGAAAACGAGAAAGGCGAGCGUGCAAUGAAUCAUUUCGCAUCCUCGGCUUCUACACAUCGUCCGGGUCACCUCUCCCUCCAAUCCCAGCUCACUGGUAUUCUAAGCCCACCGUAUUGGAGCCUCCACCCCUCUGGCCUAGAGGAUGGUCGAGGAAAUCCUCUGUGAGAGACAAGAUGGUUCCUGGGAGCUCAAAAGUCUUGUUUCCUGGGUCCAAGAUCUUGCCCCAGGUCAUUGUUACGGCGGCAGAUUGA